CUCUUUUCAGUUUUGCGCAUGUUCCUUUUCCACCAGCCAUGACCCAAUAUCAUGGCACCUGGUCGCAGCUCAGUCCUGGGGAGCUUGAGAACGUAAAAUUGUGGACUUCUGAUGAACGCUCACAAUAUUUGCAGAAUCAGGGCAUUGUCUCUGCCAAGCAGGAUCCCUCAAUCUCCAGAUUUCUUUCAGAUGUUCUGGUGGACAGUGGCCUGCCAGCUCCGUGGAUGUUUCGCAGGGAUGAUGAAGGCAAUGCUUUUUUCUGGAAUCAAACCAGCAACGAGACUUCCUGGGUGCACCCGCUGGAUCUGACUCUCCGCGAGGUUUCCUGCGUCUUCCAGACUUGCCUUCAACUAUCACCUGAGCUUCGAAACAACUGCAUCAACUCUCUUCAGGAGAGCUGGGAAGCCAGUAUCACGAAGAUGCUCAGUGGUUGGGAACGGGCAGAGGAUGAAUCAGGCAACGUCUACUAUCACAAUGAGAGCCGGGAGGAUUCAAUCUGGGAGCAUCCGUCUCAGGUAUUCCUACCUAUGCAACAAAUGAAAGAGCAAGCGCUGAACCGCAUGAGGGAUUUGGCCUAUUUGGAACACGUAGGUGCCACUCCACGCAAGCAGGGAAGCAAGGAAGUCUACGAAGCCUUGAAGAUUUGCAAGCUGAAGCUGGCAGACCAGAUCUCCAUCCUGUCGCCACAAGAAGCAGCCUCCACGGACUCUGCGGUAGAAGCGGUUGACACUGAAGCUUGCCAAACUCAGGUUGAGAUGUUGCCUGAGAAGCAAAGUACGGUGGCUCCAGAGGUGCCUUUGCCUGAUCCGGAUCCGAUGCGCGCAACAACACCACGCACAGCGACCAGCGCAACAAGGACUUCAACUGGUGAACACAGGAAUCCUUCAUCUCGCGAGAGGAAUGGAACAGCUGCCAAGUCAGUCUUGCGAAUCGCCAGUGACACCCUGCAGGCAAGACGUGCCCUCCCUCUCCCGACUUCGGACCCAAAGCUCAGCAAACGACCGGUCUUGCGAUCUGCCUCCGAGUCACAAAUAAACUUGGGCUCGACUGCAGCUCGAACUGACUCUUGGCUUGUGUCCUGUGUGCCAUUUGCUUCGGGUGGUUGAUUGAAGGUUCAGGCGCUAGAAAAAUCAUCGCUAGCGCCAUUGUUCAUAUCACAUUUGAGUGAAGAUCAUGUGCACUUCCGCCCAAAAGUCUGAAGGGGAGUGUGUCACAGACAUGAUAGAGCCGAACUGUUUCAGGGCGUGGAUCCUUGUUUGCUGGCGUCCAAUAAAUUUGACACAGGUAAAGCGCUCCCUGACCGAAGAGAAGGCCUGGUGGUGGCUUGAUGUCCCCCAAAGGCGAGCGUUGAAGAUGUGAGCGCAAAGAUGAGGACGAGUCUGAGUCUUUCUGAGGGCUCAACCAACUCAGCAAAUUCAGCGGACUCAGCGAAGGUUUUGCUUCUGAUAAUGUAGAUUUUUUGGAUCGAAUGCGUUGCACCAACUCUGCCUUCCAAAGACGGAGGCCUGUUGCUGUUUGCAACUGUCAGGUGGUUCAGUGUUUCACCCCAGGCAGGGCAUCACUCAGCGUUUCUGGUCCUGAAUGCUCAUGCUCAUAAUCAACAGCGAAGCUAAUAAUUACUGCUAGGCGUUUUGCGCACAAUAUCUGUUGGUCACAACGGAGGAGCUACAAGAGUUGACUGCACUUUGGAGAAAAUGAGAGCUAAUGCCUAAUAAGUUAUUUUUGUUUUCCAAGGAAAGUCUAGUAAAAGAGAGUCUUGAACAUGCAGCCUUUGCUUUGGAAUUGUUGUGGUACGUACAGGUGCAUAAUGUAGGGUACUGUUUGAUGCAGCACUGAAAGCUAGUGGCAUGAAGCCAAGUUAGGGCCUGCUCGCCCUCUUGCGCCAGCGCUCCAGUUUCAAUCUGAACAAGUUGGAUACUGC